CGAUAAAGAAUGGCGCUCCAGUCGAUUUCUCGUGUUCCUUUCUCGUGUAGGAUCCAUUUUUCUUUAUCAGCGCAUGAACGCCGCACGAGGAGAAAAGUGAUUAGUUCGAACUAGGAAGACACCGUUUAUUACAUAGUGUAUAAAAAAUGGCAUCACAGUUCUUCAAUCGACUAGGUCAAUUUGGAUUAGGAAUGAGUCUUGUUGGUACGGCUGUUAGCACUGCGCUGUAUAAUGUCGAUGGAGGACAUAGAGCAGUUAUCUUCGACAGAUUUGCUGGUAUCAAAAGUCUCGUGGUAGGAGAAGGAACACAUUUUUUAAUUCCUUGGGUACAAAAACCUAUUAUCUUUGAUAUACGUUCAAGACCACGAAACGUUCCUGUUGUUACCGGUAGCAAGGAUUUACAGAAUGUGAACAUUACACUUCGUAUUCUCUUUAGACCAGUACCUGAUUCGUUACCUAAAAUAUACAAUGUUUUGGGUUUUGAUUAUGAUGAGAGAGUACUACCAUCUAUUACAACUGAGGUAUUGAAAGCUGUUGUUGCACAGUUUGAUGCUGGAGAAUUGAUUACUCAACGUGAAUUAGUCUCUCAAAAAGUUAGCGAAGAUCUAACUGAAAGAGCUUCGCAGUUUGGUCUUAUUUUAGACGAUAUAUCAAUUACGCAUUUAACUUUUGGAAAAGAAUUUACUCAUGCUGUAGAAUUGAAACAAGUAGCCCAACAGGAAGCAGAAAAAGCUCGUUUCUUAGUAGAAAGAGCUGAACAACAAAAGAAGGCAGCUAUUAUUACAGCAGAGGGUGAUGCUCAAGCUGCUAGUUUAAUAGCAGAAUCUCUUGGGAAUGCUGGUGAUGGUCUUGUUGAACUUAGAAGAAUUGAAGCUGCCGAAGAUAUCACAUUUAAUUUAGCAAACUCUCGGCAAGUAACGUAUUUACCAUCUGGACAAAAUGUAUUGCUGAACUUACCGCAGUAAAAGAGAAAGUAUGAAAUCAGCAAAAAAUAUAUAUAUAUAUAUAUAUGUAUAUGUGUAUACAUAUAUAUGUAUAAAUUAAGCAUUUACAUCGUAAAGGAAGGCAUUUUGAUGUUGAUAACGUAAUUGAAUGUGGCAAAAAAUUCCCUGGAAGUGUUGCAUAGCAGGAAUAUAUAGAAUUUCAUAAUACUUUAGUUAUUUUGCAAAUUUGUAUUUUUUUUUUUUUUUUUUUUUUUUGUUUUUUUUUUUUUUUUUGUUUUUUUAUAAUUAUAUAUACUCCUAUUCCUUUUAUCGAGUGUUGUAAAUAUCUUUCAAAAAAAAUCUUUCCGUGGCGAAUUAAUGAUCUAGCCUAUCAUUUUUAGGCAACUAUUACUUUAUUAUUAAAUAAUAGGAAAUAGUUAAAAAAAAAAAAAAAAAAAAAAAAAAAAAAAAAAAAAAACGCAUUGUUCGCA